CGGUUGUUAUAUGCGACAAAAUGACCAGAUGCCACGCGCCAAACUUUACGUUUUCUGGAUGAUUCACGUUGCAGUUUAAGUUUUACUAGACGUUUUUGCCACCAUAGCAAGAACUUUGACUUAAGAUUAUUUUCACAAUGGCCCAGAUAAUAAGACAGUUAUACCAGUGACAAGGAACCCUGAUGUUUUUUCGGGAGAGGGGCGUGUACUAAUUAUGCUUGCUGUGCAACAGAAUGAGUUUUGAAAAUCCCACGGAUGGGGCCGAAAGCUAUCUUGCUCAACAGGAAAAUGAACUUGAAGCACUUGCAUCGAUCUUUGGAGACGACUUUGAAGAUAUACGAAAAAAACAGCCCUGGAAGGUUAAACGCCCACCUGAGGUAUACCUUUAUCUGCGACCGAAGGGACUGAGCAACGCGAAGGAGAGCUACGUUUCGGUGGACCUGGAGGUGAAAUGCCCACCCAAUUACCCAGAUGUACCUCCAAAAGUUGAAUUAAAGAAUGCCAAAGGCCUUUCCAAUGGCAACCUGCAGAACCUCCAUGUGGAGCUGACCAAGCUGGCUGCUGAGCGCUGUGGUGAGGUGAUGAUCUACGAGUUGGCCGACUACGUGCAGGGCUUCCUAACCGAACACAAUGUGCCACCACCUCGCUCUUUCCAUGAGGAGAUGCUGAAGAACCAACAGCGCGAGCAGGAGCGGCUGGUCCAGGAGGAGCAGCGGAGGAUCGACCUAGAACGUCACAAAGAGGAGCAGACGAAAAACGAGAUCUUGGCAGAACUCCAAAGAAGAGAGGACGAAAAGAAAGAGGAGAAGAAGCGGAAAGUAGCUAAACAGGAGCGCUUUGAGAAUGCAGACCAGCCUGCCUCGGACAUUCAGGUGCCGGCGCCAGAACAGUCAGAGACCCGAAAGGGCUGCACCAAUCGGCGACGGGCAAACUCCAGCAACCGGCACAGGCGGGAAACGCAUCAUUCCGUCUGCAGCGAUGAUGGCGUCCGGCAACAAGAGGUGCUGCAUUUCAGUAACAGUGCCUUGGGGGAGAUCAAGGUUCACAAAGGGAGACUCAUUGGGGAGAGCGAGGCGCUGAGCCGCAGUGUGUACCGAGCUUUCGAUGCAUCCUCUGGGGACUUCACUGUGGUGUAUGAGUGGACGCUGUGUUGGAACAAGAAGAUGGGCAAGUUCCUUACAGACCAGGAGAAGGAAAAAAUAGAGAAGUGCAAAAAACAGAUCCAGGGAAUGGAGAGCGAGCUGAACUCCCUGCUGAAAUUGGAGCACCCUCACCUGGUGCAGUACAUGGCACUGAGUCACCGAGAGCUGGAGGACAGCUUGGUGGUGGACCUGCUGGUGGAGCAUGUGACUGGCCACAGCCUGUCCCAGACGUUGGCUCGCGGGGCCCCGCUUCCCACGGACCGGCUGCGGCAGCUCGCCGCCCAGCUGCUGAGCGCCCUGGACUACCUGCACAGCAACUCAGUGGUGCACAAGAGGCUGACAGCCUCCAGUGUGCUGCUGGACGCCGAGGACACCGUGCGCCUCACGGACUACAGCCUGUCCAAGCGGCUGGCGGAUGUCUGCAAAGAGGACGUGUUCGAGCAGACGCGCGUGCGCUUCUCCGAGGCCGCAGUGCCCGCCAAGGCCGGCAAGAAAGGCGACGUGUGGAGCCUCGGCCUGCUACUGCUGGCGCUCAGCCAGGGGAGCGAGGUCAAGGAGUACCCUGUGUCAGUACCCAGCAGCCUGCCCGCCGACUUCCAGGACUUCCUCAACAGGUGUGUGUGCCUGAACGACGCGGAGCGCUGGAACACGCAGCAGCUCCUGAGCCACGCAUUCUUCAACCCCCCAUCCCCCAGGACCUCACCGCACUGCUAUGACAGUCCAGAAGACGUAGGUGAAGACUUUGCUUCCACCGUCGUCUCCCGCGGACGCAUCCUGGAAACCCCCUUCAGCACAGACAUCCAGAAGCAAUUCUCCCGCUACUACAAUGAGUUUGAGGAGCUGCAGAUGCUGGGGAAAGGAGCCUUUGGGGCUGUCAUCAAGGUCCAAAACAAGCUGGACGGCUGCUACUACGCCGUGAAGCGCAUACUGGUGAACCCGGCCAGCAAACAGUUCCGGCGGAUCAAAGGAGAGGUGACGCUGUUGUCCAGGUUGAAUCACGAGAACAUCGUGCGGUACUAUAACGCCUGGAUCGAGAGGCACGAGAGGCCGUCCGUGGGCGUGCUGAGUAGCGAUAGUUCCGAGAUGGCGAGCUCCCCAGGGAAGCCCCCCCGGUGUGUGAGCCGGCCACGCAAUGAACUGGGCCUGCCAGACGAUGUGGAGGACAAGGCGCCCCCGCCUGCCCUGUCCAGCUCCGUGGAGUGGAGUACCUCCAUCGAGAGGUCCACCAGCGCCAAGUGCAGCGGUGCCAACUCUGAGUCUAGUGACGAAGACGAAGAUGAAGAGGAAGACGUCUUCUGCCCCUCCUUCCUUCCCUGCAGCAGUGACUCUGACAGCGACAUCAUCUUCGACAACGACCACGGGAGCAAGGACAGCCUCUCCCAGGAGGCCCAGAGUAAGGGAAAAGAGGAGAGCGCGAUGGAGAGCACGGACUCCGAGAAGCCCCAGCUUAUCGCACAUUACCUGUACAUACAGAUGGAGUACUGUGAAAAGAGCACUCUGCGAGACACUAUAGACAAGGGUCUGCACUUGGACAGCAGCCGCCUCUGGAGGCUUUUCCGAGAAAUCCUCGACGGACUGGCGUACAUCCACGAGCAGGGAAUGAUUCAUCGAGAUCUGAAGCCUGUCAACAUCUUCUUGGAUUCCCAGGACCAUGUGAAAAUCGGCGACUUUGGCCUGGCCACGGACCAUCCCGCUAAUGUGGCUGCAAGCAAACAGGAGAUGGAGGAAAGUGGCUCUGUUUUGCUCAUUAAACCGGACCCUACAGAUAACUUGACGGGCAUGGUGGGCACCGCCUUGUACGUGGGCCCUGAGGUGCAAGGGAGCACCAAAUCCAGCUAUAACCAGAAGGUGGACCUAUUUAGCCUUGGAAUCAUCUUGUUUGAGAUGUCAUACCGGCCCAUGACCACCGCGUCCGAGCGUAUUGCUGUCCUCAGCCAGCUGCGCACGGAGUCCAUCCAGUUUCCUGAAGACUUUCGGGGGUCUGAACAAGGAACACAGAUGAAGGUGAUCAUCUGGCUGCUGAACCACGACCCCGCCAAGCGGCCCACCGCCGUGGAGCUGCUGAAGAGCGACCUGCUGCCUCCCCCUCAGAUGGAGGAGUCCGAGCUGCAUGAGGUCCUCCAGCACACCAUGAAUAACGUUAACGGCAAGGCCUACCGCACCAUGGUCAACCGGCUGUUCAACCAGAGCGUCGCCCCGGGCAUAGACUAUGCGUACGACAUAGACUUCCAUAAGGGGAGUUUUAAUGCCAGUGCUGCCAGACUCCAACAAUACGUGUAUGAAACGAUAACCAGGAUAUUCAAAAAGCACGGUGCGGUGCGUUUUCAGACCCCCCUGCUCAUGCCUAAGAGCAAGGCACUGUACGAAGGCAGUGACCUGGCCUGCUUCAUGGAUCACAGCGGCAUGCUGGUUACCCUGCCCUAUGACCUCCGGCUGGUUUUCGCAAGAUACGUGGCCCGGAGCAACAUUUCCAGUUUAAAACGGUACAGCAUCGACCGGGUGUUCCGACCCCGGAAGCCCGACCGCACGCACCCCAGGGAGCUGUUGGAGUGUGCAUUUGACAUCGUCACCCCUGCCACCAGCAGUCUACUCCCUGACGCUGAGACAAUCUACACCAUCUCUGAAAUCAUCCAGGAAUUCAGCACCCUGCAGGAGAGGAACUACAGCAUCUACCUGAACCACACCAGCCUGCUGAAGGCGGUGCUGCUGCACAGCGGUAUCCCUGAAGACAAGCUCCAGCAGGCCUCCAACAUCCUGUGCGACACCAUGACAGAAAAACUAACCCGGCGAGAGGUGGAGGCUAAAUUCUGCAACUUGUCCCUCUCCACCAACAGCGUACAGACACUUUACAAAUACAUCGAACAGAAGGGGGCACUCCAUGAGCUGCUCCCCCUGAUCAACUCCCUGACCAAGCGGAAAACAGCCGUUACCCAGCUAGCCAAGCAGGGCGUCAAGGAUCUGGAGGAGGUCACUGGCCUGCUGAGGAAGUUGGGCAUCAAGCUGCAGGUGGUUGUCAACCUGGGCUUGGUCUACAAAGUGCAGCAUCAUCGUGGCGUCAUCUUCCAGUUUGUGGCGUUCGUGCGACGGCGCAAGCGCACCGUCCUCGAAGUCAUUGCAGCCGGUGGACGGUAUGACCACCUGUUCCAGGAGUUCCGUGGCCCCACGUCCCCGCCUGUCGCCCUCUCUGCCGUCGGUGCCAGCGUGUCUUUGGACAGGAUCUGCGUGUCCCUAGCCAACAUGGAGGAACCUCCCUCUGUUAGCUCCUGUGACGCCCUGGUGCUCCCCAUGGGCCACACCUCCAUGAGUCGAGCCAUCGUCGUGGUCCAGAAGCUGUGGAGCUGCGGUGUCUCCGCGGAGAUCGUCUACGACUUGUCUCAGCCCCAGGAAGCUGUAUUGGAGCAUUCCCGCCAGGCUGGCAUCACCUGCGUGGUGCUGGUGUCAGACAAAGAAGGCAGCUACGUCAAGGUCAAGUCUUUCGAGAAAGAUCGUCAGUCAGAGAAGCGUAUUCCGGAAACAGACCUGUUGGAUCACAUAGUCCAGAAAUGUCGGACCAGGUCUUUUGACGAAAGGAAUGGCAGGGAUAUGUGUGAGAGUGUUUCCCUUCAAAACCCCAAAGGAUCAAUUCUUGCUAUCUCAGGGUCAUCAGAGCCAUACGGGAGCAGCAUCGCCGUGACCAUGAGCGUCAACAUCAUCGCUCCUGAAAAGGUGUCCGCCAGCACCAGAAGGCGCCAUGAAACGCAGAUACAAACCAGGCUGCAAAACCUCGGUAGCUAUUUGCAGAAUAGAAGCAGCAAUAUCGAAGUUCUGGCGGUUGACCUGCAGAAGGAAACACUCAUCAACUUCCUGUCUCUGGAGUUUGAUGGUGAGGAGCCGUUCAACAUAAGCGUGAAGAACCUGCUUUCACGGCUCCCCAAGCAGCGCUACCUGAAGUCCAUCUGCGACGAGAUCCACCGCCUGAAAAUAAUGCAGAGAGUGGCCGUGGUCGUUUUGUACAGCUACAAGGACGACUAUUACAAGGUCCUACUGUAAUCUCUGGGCUGGACUGAGGGAGGGGGUUCAGCUCCAUCGCCUCUACGAACAUGCGAGGCUCUGCUGGACACCCACCACAUGCAAAGCUGGUUGCACGUGUCGUUCCCUCGCCGACAGAAACGGUUUCUCUCCGAUCAGCGUGUACCAUUCCUGCACCUUGGAACCAACCUCGUUCAUUAUUUUAGAAAAAAGACAAAGUGUUAAAUCGUAUGAGCUGAUGUUUGACUAAGUACAAUUUGAAGAAUAAUGUUACAUAAUGGACAGUUUUAUAUUUUGGCAAAUUAAGUUUUAUUUACUGUGACAAUAAAUUAUGUAUUUUGCUUUGAA